AGAAUUGCGGCACGUCCCGCGCGUGGACUUCAGGCAGCAGCGCAACGCAGACGCCAGGCCGUGGUGGUAUGUGAGCAGCGUGCACUCCUCCGCCGACCCUCACCACGCAAUCGUCCGGUUCGUGUCUGAAAACCGGGCCAUUGAAUAUUCUCCCUCGCUCUCGCCAGCGUUCGCAACACCACUCCCUCACGACAAUCCGCCGCCCGCCGAUACCAACUGCUCUUGGCAGACGACGACAGCCCAGCGCCCUCCCCUCCCAAUCCUGCUGCGCCGCCCUGUCUCGAGCGCUCGCCGUGCGCACAUCAACAGUAUACUCGCGCUGCUACACACAGACGUGCUGGGCGGGCGUGUCAGAUCACGAUAGCGGGGGACGCGCCUCUCUCAGACCAUCGAGGCCGCCCUCUAGCUCGCCCUCCCGGAGCUGCGUCUGCUCUGCAGUAUACUGCACGGCAGCGGCCAUACGUCGCCGCCCUUGACGAGUCAUCCCGGCCUGUACAUAUCCUCGAAUCACUGCGACCGCCGCCAACAUGUCGGCCGCCACGAACCCGCGCCGCCGUCCUGCCAGGGCCACCGACCCUUCUACCUCUCUGGCCGACUCGUUUCAGAACAUGUCCAUCCGAAAAGGUGACACCUUCCACCCCAACAGCAACACAAGCAAGAGCGCUUUUUGGGACCCGCUAGAGUCGAGAUUGAGCACCCCGGCCAUGCCCAUGCGCUCCUCAACCUCUCCCAAGUCUCUUGAGGAUCUCUUGAUCGGCGCCGGCGAGCGUCGUGUCACUCAGCUGCUUCACCGUGUCGACGAAGCUGUGGCUGCCCAGUCCACUGUCGCCCUAGGCAAUGUCCUGAGUGAGCCCGAAGUGCUGCCCGUUCCCACGCUGGUAGCGGACCAGCCCACGGGGCAGCGAUCGGCUCCGACAAAUCGAACACGACACCACAGCCAUUCGUCUGAUAGUGGCAUUGGCUCCUCCAUCGCAGAUUCCACGGAAUCAAUAGCGACCGCCAAGAAUUCAUCCCGCAUCGCUACUGGAGCGCCCUCUUCUCCUGGCUCACAGUCGUUCUCUAGCAUAUCGGAAGCUGCUGAUGAGGAACGCUGCUUGAGCAAAUACGCGGGCGAGCAAAUCCACAAGCACAUCGUGCAGCCUAUCCUCAAGGAGCCCGCGCUUUCGGAUUUCCACGAACUCAUCAAGAGUGUUCCCACCAGAAUUGGCGACAAAGAAAUCAAGAACCUCCGCGACCUCGAGAAAACCCUCAUCUUCCUCGCACCGGAUUAUUCGGUUUCUCCUUCGAAAUAUCUGCAGUUUUGCGAGCGAACGAUUCGCGUCCUCCACACCACGGUUACGACCCUUCACGAGUCCGACCAGCGAGCACCGACCGAUCGACCGUACACGCAGGGUUACUUCUUCGAUUUGGUUGAGCAGAUUCGGCGCUACGCCACGAUCCUGGCAGCUACCAGAGAACAGCAAGCCAAGCAGGAGAAGUCCGAUACGAUGGAUGUGACCAAGGACUCUACUGUCUCACUCCAUGGCGGUUUGAGUCAGAAUGGCAAGCCGGCACAGCUUGUGCAUACCACACCCGAGGGCAAAGUGAUUUCUCUUGCGACUGGAGAAGAGAUCUCUGAGGAGGAAUUAGCAUCAGGAAACAUGAAGCGCGCGGCGAUCGACGUGGAUGAGGAAGAUGCUCUACGCUCUAUGGCUCGCCGCAAGAAGAAUGCGAAGCCUGAGAUUCACACUUGCGAGCUCUGCAACAAAGAGUUUAAGCGCCCGUGUGAUCUGACCAAGCACGUGAAAACGCACGAACGACCCUGGAAAUGUUCCGAGCAAGAUUGCAAGUACCACGAAUUUGGCUGGCCAACGGAGAAAGAACGCGAUCGCCACGUGAACGACAAGCACUCGGCGGCGCCUUCACUGUACCACUGCAUGUUCAAGCCUUGCCCAUACACCUCGAAGCGUGAAUCCAACUGCAAGCAGCACAUGGAGAAAGCACACGGCUGGGACUACGUCCGCUCGAAGAGCAAUGGAAAGGGCAAGAGCUCGAAAGUCGUUCGACUGCCACACGGCUCUGUUCCACCAUCGCCGGCAUCUACGAUGCUCACUCCACUUACACCAAUCGCGCCAUCUCCAUCUUCUCACACGUACAGCGAAACGUCCCGGCGCUCAUCAAUGGCGCCGCCUCCUGUGGCUGGCCCUAGCAACUACAACACUCCUGCCUAUGGCAACACACCAGCAUCCGAGUUCCUGGGCCACUUCAACAUGAACUACACCGGCGAGUUCGACUUCAAUGACAUGGCAAACUUUCCGACGUCUGCUUUCCCUAUCACACCAGCGAUGAGCGACGAUCGUCGGACCUCUGCCAGUGUUUCCAGCAAUGCACACUACGAGCACAGCACCUUUGGGGAAACGUCGCCAGCUCAUUUCAUGUUCACCGACAACGACUUCGCCUUUCCUGACAAUUGGCAGGCCUUUACUCCAGAUUCGAGCAUCGCCGGACCGGGUUCUUCGGCCACACACAUCUCGCCUGCUGCACAAAUGGAGCAGACCUUCACCGAAGACGCAUUCAUGGAGGAUAAUUACGGAGACUUUUCGGCUGGAACAACAGGAGACUUCACUCUCUUCAGCAAUUCCGCCCCAGUAGCGACGACUGGUGACAUGUUCCCUAACAUGACAACCAGCAGCUGGGGUAAUGUUCCCGCAAACUUCGAGCAGCAAUUCCACGGACCUCCGGCUCUUCCGAACGGUGGCACCAAUGCUGCCCUGGCUGAGCUCUUUCCGGAGCUUACCGAAGACCAUUCGAAGUCCACUUAUUGAAGGCCCACGACUUUGAGCUUGACGUGGCCAGACCUUCAAGUCAGCUAGGUUGCGGUCGCCAUUUUCAUGGCAUGAUGCAUUGAUACGAUACGACUUUUAUGUGAUACUAUGAACGGUACGGUAGAAGGUGCUCGGCAUCUCCUGGACCUUGGGCGGUGAAUUGUGGCGUAGCGUUGGGAGGAAAUCGACACGACUCUUCUUCACACCAGAUUGAACGAGAGGUUACGUUACUGGUCUGCGCUAGAUACUGAAAACCAAUCAGAC